GGCCCGUGGGGCUCUGGUACUGGAGGAUGUCGGGCAGAGAGUCUCCUGCCCUGGAGAGGGGUGGCAGCAGCGGGCAGGCAGGCGAGACAAAGGCCGUGGCACAGCCCCCCAACAGCGUCAGUGUGCAGGGGGUCUCCUACAGUGUCAGAGAGAGUGUUGGCCCAUGGUGGAAUGUUCCUUUAUACCGUACAAAAUGGACUCGGCAAAUACUUAAAGAUGUUUCAUUUCACAUAGAGAGUGGCCAGAUUAUGGGGAUUUUAGGAAACUCUGGAUCUGGGAAAACAACACUUCUGGAUGCAAUAUCGGGAAGACUGGAACAUAGGGACAGUUUUUUUGGUGAAGUGUAUGUGAAUGGUCGUCAGUUGAAGAAGGAACAGUUUAGAGAUUGCUUCUCUUAUGUACCACAGAAUGAUGCUUUGCUAAGCUUCCUCACCAUAGAAGAGUCUCUAACCUACACAGCUUUACUUGCUCUUCAGAAAAGCUCCAACAACUUCAUCAAGAAGAAGGUAGAUGCGGCUAUGGCCGAGCUGAGUCUUAGCCACAUUGCCAACAAAAUAAUUGGAAGCCAAAUAUAUGUAGGAAUUUCUGGAGGUGAGAGGCGUCGUGUUUCAAUUGCAGCUCAGCUAUUACAAGACCCCAAGGUCAUGCUGCUUGAUGAACCAACAACAGGGCUGGAUUGCCUGACUGCAAACCAGAUUGUCUCACUGCUUGUAGAGCUUGCACACAGAGACAGGAUUGUGAUUAUCACCAUUCAUCAGCCUCGCUCAGAACUCUUCAGGUUAUUUGACAAAAUAGCCAUCAUGAGCUUCGGAGAAAUGGUUUUCUGCGGGAACCCUAUGGAAAUGAUCACAUUUUUUAGCAACUGCGGCUAUUCCUGUCCUGAACAGUCAAAUCCUUUUGAUUUCUUUGUGGACCUGACUUCUGUGGACACCCGAAGCAAGGAACGUGAACUUGAAACCUAUAGUAGGGUUCAGGUGAUUAUAUCAGCCUACAAAAACUCGGAGAUCUUUAGUAAAGUACUGGAAGCCAUUGAAAGAAGAAGGUUUAUGAAAGAGCUGCCACCCAUACCAUUUAAAAACAAAGACUCCCCUGGUGCCCUUUCCAAAUUAUGGAUUCUUUUAAGGAGGAUAACAAGAAAUUUCUCCAAAGAUAAGAUGGGCUUAAUCAUGCGUCUCCUCCAGAAUCUUUUGUUUGGCUUGUUUGUAGCAUUUUUCCUUCUUAGACUAACGUCUGACCUGGAAAAAGGAGCGGUGCAGAACCGUGUGGGUCUCCUCUACCAGUGCGUGAGUGCCCCCCCCUACACAGGGAUGCUCAAUGCUGCUGCUCUUUUCCCACCUUUACGUGCUAUCAGCGACCAAGAAAGCAAAGAUGGCUUGUAUCAGAAGUGGCAAAUGCUUUUAGCUUAUAUCAUACAUUUCCUGCCCUUCAGUAUUCUCAGCGUGGCAAUUUUCAGCACCUUUAUGUACUGGACUGUAGGGUUGUAUCCUGAUCCUUUCAGAUUUGGAGUUUUCUUUGCGGUUGUCUUGGCGUCCCAUGUAAUUGGUGAACUACUCACCCUUGUGAUACUUGGGGUGGUUCAAAACCCAAAUAUAGUCCAAAGUGGAGUGGUACUGCUUAACUCAGCAGGUGUGAUAGUGGGAACUGGACUUGUAAGGACUGUAGAAGAAAUGCCAACACCCUUUAAAAUACUUGGUUAUCUCACCUUUCAAAAAUACAGCAGUGAGAUUCUGGUAGUCAAUGAAUUUUAUGGCUUAAACUUCACUUGUGACGGAGACAACAGUUCCACUACAAUGAAUGUUGCAUGUCCAAUCUCUCGUGGCGUUCAGUUCAUUGAACAAAACUUUCCUGGUGCAUUGUCCCGGUUCACAGUGGAUUUCUUGCUGCUCUAUGCUUUUAUACCAGUACUUGCCAUUAUAGCAAUCCUGAGCUUCAAAAUAAGAGAGAGGAUUAUUAGCAGGCAGUGAAAAAGGUAGCAGUUCUAACAAUGUGUAACACUGUACUUUUAAUUUUAUUAUACUUCAAAGCUUGA